AUGGACCUUAAAGAAGAUAUAUUCGUUCAUCAAACUGCAGUAAAGAAAAACAAUACAAAAAGUGUUGUUCGAAGUGUAAGAAAUGGUGAAUUAGGUGCACUUGAAGUUGUUCGAGAGAAAGGGAAUGAAGCUGCAAAUCUGAUUGAACUGAAUCGCACUUCGGUAAAAAAUAGUCCUUAUGCUGCAAAUAGAAAUCGACACUGUGGCCAACUGUUUUCUAAACACCAUUUCAUGCCAAGGCAAGGACAGAAUGACGAAAGUAAUGGUAGUCAGAGCCAAGAGAAUGUGGAUAAUAAGCAGCAAUUACAACCUCAAAGGUCCGUACGAAGGCAAUUACGUCAUCCUUACUUCAGGCAAUAUUGUAGUUUUCUAUCCAUAGGACUUCCACGAAACGUUGGACGUGAUGGAAGUGAAGAUGAACAAAAUGAAAGAAAAAACGAAGAAAGAGUUUCAGGAGGUGGAAGAGACAAUCACUAG